GAAGAAAGUUCAUAAAUUUCAGAGCAAACCCAUUUCAUAAAUCCCUCACUCAAUUCUGAUUUCCAAACAGAGCUACAUCACCGCCUCUGAAUAAAUGGAGCGUACGCCUCCUUCCCACCGAUCCAACCCUAGAUCAGCUUCUCGUCUCCAUCGCGUUUCCGAAUCCAACCGAGAAUCUCCCAACCUCUCUCUCGAUCUAGUUCUACCAUCUCCCAAGAACAACGGUACUCCAUACCCAUCGCCCGCCUCCGUUAGAUCCUCUUGUUCUCCCGUUCCUGUUCGCGAACUCCUCUUGUUGUCUCCUCCGCUCCGUAGAUCGAGAACCCGUUUGGCUGACAAGCUCGAAAUGUCCAUGGACGAAGCUCCGGAGCCUGCUGGGGCCGUGCGCAGGCGGUGCAGGUCGAAGGUAGGGCAAAAGGGCAUUUUGGCUAGUGCCUCGCCGAGGAAUGCCCGCAGAUCGAAGAGACGAUCUGAGGUGGUGGAGGUGAAGGAAGAUAAGGAACCGAACGUCGUCAUCGACGAAGCCCUAAAGCCAAGGAGACGAAAGACGACCCGUCGGUCUAAGAAGGAGAAGCAAAGUUCAGUCCCUUUGUUGCCUUCUCCUUGUCCACCUUCAAACCCAAAUGAGGAUGUGUGUGAAGGCGAUUUGGAUGGGAUUGGAGCAAUCGUGGAUGAUUUGGUUAUGUGGAGAGAUGUUGCAAAAUCCACCCUCUGGUUCGGUUUUGGAUGUUUGGGUUUCUUGUCAUCUUUCUUUUCCAAGGGAGUCAGCUUUAGUGUUUUCUCAGCGGUUUCCCACCUCGGCCUUCUGUUUCUCGUUGCAUCGUUCUUGUCAAACACCCUUUGUCAAAGCAACAGCCAAGAAACGAAGCGAGGAUUUUGCGUGGGGGAGCAGGACAUUUUGCGGAUAGCCAGACGGGUUCUUCCGGCGACCAACCUGGCGAUUUCAAAGAUGAGAGAGCUCUUCUCAGGAGAGCCAUUGAUGACAUUAAAAGUGACACCCUUUCUGAUAAUUGGAGCUGAGUAUGGUCACCUGAUCACACUGUGGAGGCUAUGCGCCGUUGGGUUUUUCCUCGGCUUCAGUGUUCCAAAGCUCUAUUCCUGCUACUCCAUCCCCAUAAACCAGAAAGUCGAGAGGAUGAAGAAGAGGGUAGUUGAAGGAUGGGGAGGCUGUUCCCACAAGAGGAUGGUUGCACUCUCCGCCGCUACAGCUUUCUGGAACCUCACUUCCUUCAAAUCUCGCAUUCUCGCAGGUUUCAUGGUAAUGGUGAUAGUACGCUACAGGCGCAUAAAUCUACAUCCUGAGGAAGAAGAGGAAGCUGUGGAGCCAGAGGAGGAGCAAGCCUUGGCGCUUGUGCUUUCACACACAAAAAAAUAAAAUCACCUCUCUCUCUCUCUCUCUCUCUCUCUCUCUCUCUGUAUACUGUUGUUCCUCCUGUCUAAUUAUUUUAAUACCAAAGAAUAAUAACCUUAUGAAAACGCAUUUUUAUUUUUCUUUGCCUAAAAUGCGCAUUUAUAUUUUUCA